AUGGACGCAAAUCAGCUCUUGACAAAUUCGCUCUCGCCGGAUCAGGCCAUCCGCACAGAUGCCGAACAGAAGCUCGAGGCAGCCGCUCGCGAUAGCUAUCCCGUGUACAUGAGCACCCUCGCUGCAGAAUUGGCCAACGAACAGUCGCCCUCGCAUAUUCGAACCGCUGCUGGUCUCGCCGUCAAGAAUGCACUCACCGCGCGCGAUCAGACCCGAGUCGAAGAAUACACCGCACGAUGGACACAACUACCACAGACCAGCCGCGAUGAGAUCAAGCAAAAAGUACUCAGCUCCCUCGGCAGCCAAGAGCACCGCGCAGGCACCGCUGCAGCCCAGGUGAUCGCCGCCAUUGCUGCUAUCGAACUGCCCGUUGGACUCUGGAACGAGCUCAUCUCGCAACUCUUGGGGGCCAUGGGCGAUGCCAACAACAUGCGCUUGCGACAGGCCGCUCUUCAAGCCAUCGGUUUCACUUGCGAGGGCAUCAGCUCCGACGUUCUGGCGGCACAGUCCAACGAGAUCCUCACCGCCGUCAUCCAGGGCGCCCGCAAGGAAGAGCCAGCGCCCGAAGUCCAGCUCGCUGCCCUCCAGGCGCUCUACAACUCGCUCGAAUUCGUCCGUGCCAACUUCGAACGCGAAGGCGAGCGCAACUACAUCAUGCAGGUCGUCUGCGAAGCGACGCAGAGUCCUAACAUCUCGGUCAAGGUCGCAGCAUACGAAGCGUUGGUCCGCAUCAUGCAGCUCUACUACGAUAAGAUGCGCUUCUACAUGGAGCAGGCUCUCUUUGGUCUCACCGUCCUCGGCAUGCGCGACUCGGAGCCCAAGGUGGCGUUGCAAGCCGUCGAAUUCUGGUCCACCGUCUGCGACGAAGAGAUCGAGCUGGCUCUCGAGGCGGAGGAGGCGCUCGAGUUCAACGAAGAGCCCGAACGCGCUUGCUACAACUUUGCCCGCAUCGCCCUUCCCGACAUUGUACCUGUCCUGCUCGAACUGCUCAAGACCCAGGACGAGGACGCCGACGAAGACGAGUGGGACGUCUCCAAAGCCGCCGGUACCUGUGUUGGUCUUCUCGCCCAGGUGGUCGGCGACGACAUUGUCCGCCUGGCCGUUCCCUUUGUCGAGAGCAACAUCAAGAACCCCGACUGGCAUGCGCGUGAAGCCGCGGUCAUGUGUUUCGGUUCCAUCAUGGAAGGACCCGACCGCAAGACGCUGGCUCCCUUGGUCGAAUCGGCACUCCCAACGAUCAUCGAGAUGCUGCGCGACCAGAGCAUCGCCGUCAAGGACACGGCCGCUUGGACACUUGGACGCAUCUCGGACCUUUGCUGCGACUCGAUCAAGACCGACGUUCACCUCCCUGCGCUCGUUCAGGCCCUUGUGCUUGGUCUGCAGGACGAGCCCCGCAUUGUCACCAACUGCUGCUGGGCCAUCAUGAACCUUUCCGAGCAGCUUGGCGCCAACGCAGUGGCCUACGACAGCGCUGGCGAGCCCACGGACGCCGCUUCGGUGGCAACCACGCCUCUCUCGCCAUUCUUCGAGGGCAUCGUCUCGAGCUUGCUCCAGGCGACUGGGCGCACGUCCAACGAGUCCAACAGCCGCACUUCCGCGUACGAAGCGCUGGCCAGCUCCGUCACCAAUUGUGCAGCUGACUGCCUCCACCAGGCCAGCGGCGUCUUGGUGCAGAUCCUGGACCGACAGCAGCAGCUCAACGACGUGGCGGGUCAGCUCGUCGGCAUGGACGACCGCAACAACUGGUCCGAGCUACAGGGCAACCUGUGCAGUGUCUUGAUGGCCUGUGUGCGCCGUCUGGGCCGCGAAACGCUUCCCUUGGGCGACCGUAUUAUGACCAACCUCCUGACGCUCAUCCAAAACGGCGGCAAGCAACCUACGGUCCUUGAAGAUGCCUUCUUCACCGUCGGCGCCGUGAUCUCGGCCUUUGAGGGCGACUUUGAAAAGUACUUGGGCGCCUUCCUGCCCUUCAUGGUCGAAGGCCUUCGCAACCACGAAGAAUACCAGCUGUGUUCGAUCAGUGUUGGGCUCAUCGGCGACAUCUGCCGUGCACUCGGCGAGAACUCGGCCAAGUACUGCGACGACUUUAUGAACGCUUUGUUCGCCAACCUGCAAUCGCCGCAGUUGAACAGGAGUGUCAAGCCGCCGAUCCUGUCGUGCUUUGGGGACAUUGCGAUGGCAAUCGGGGCGUCGUUCGAAAAGUACCUCCAGAUGGCCAUGUCGGUGUUGCAGCAGGCGUCGUUGAUCCAGACGGUGGAUCCGAACGAUUAUGACAUGCUGGACUACAUCAACUCGUUGCGCGAGGGGAUCUGCGAGGCGUAUGUGGGGACCGUGUCGGGGUUGCGUUCGGGGAACCGGGUGGAAGCGCUCCAACCGUAUGUGGAGAGCAUGUUUGGGUUCAUCACGCUGGUAGCACAGGCACAGACGCAGAGUCAGGCCUCCGAACCGUUGAUCCGUGGCGCACUGGGCUUGCUCGGCGACAUCGCUAGCGCUUUCCCCAACGGCGAACUCAAAGCUCUGCUGAGCAGCCCUUGGGUGGCGGAGUUUGUCAAGGCAGGAAGAGGUCGUGGCAACGGCCAGGAGACUAGGAAGACCGCCACCUGGGCAAGGGAGAUGCUCAAAAAGGCCACAAAGUAA